AUGAAUUUGAACUAUGAAGAUGAUUAUAAUUUUGAUAAAAUGAUUAAACCUUUGAUGAUGGUCAGUAAAAUGGCAUGUUUCUGGCCAUUGUCAAAAGAAAGUGUAUCAAUGGAAAAAAAAUUUCGAACUAUUCAUCGAAUUAUUGGGUCAACUCUAUUGCUGACAAUGUCAAUUGGUAUAACAGCGGAUGGUUUUCGUAAUAGACAUAAUUUCGAUGAAGUUAUAGAAUGUGGAUUAUUUGGUUGUGCUUUCUAUUUAGCAACAUUGCGCAUUAUAAUUUUUUACACUCACGACAAAGAAGUAUUUUUUAUUGUGGAAAAUAUGCGAAAUGAUUGGUGUCAAGCUACACCAGAAGUUGCAAAUAUUUUUAAAAAUAAAUGCAAAUUCAGCUAUAAGAUUGUUACUAUUUUUAUUAUCAGUGUUCUAUUAGCACUGAGUUGCUUAUGUUUAUUACCAAUUCGCAUGUUUUACUUCCAAGAUGGAGAUCGUGAAAAAUUACCGCUUCGAGGAUAUUAUUAUUUUAAUCACACGACAUCACCAAUCUUUGAAUGUGCUCUUGUUUUUAAUAUUUUUUCAGCUUUCUUUGGAAGUUGUACAAUUACCUCUGCGACUGGUUUUACUAUUAUUUCUGUUAUUCACGGCGCUGCAAAAUUUUCUGUUUUACAGGAUAAAUUCAGAAAUUUAAAAAUUUAUAAUGUUCGUAGUAAAAAAAUUGUUAAAGAAUGCAUUGUACAACAUCAAGCAUGCAUUAGAUAUGCUGAUCAGUUGGAAAAGGUAAUAAGUCCCUUGGCAUUAGGACACAUUAUAGUCAGCACCAGCUUAAUAUGUUUUUCCGGAUUUCAAUUAACAUCGAAUGCAUCAGAUCGUCAAAAAUUAAUGAAAUAUGGUACUUUUCUUCAAAGUGCAAUAUUCGAAUUGUUCCUCUUCAGCUACAGUGGUGAUCAGUUAAUGGAGGAGAGCAUUGCUGUUAGAGAUGGUGUUUAUAGUUCUGACUGGGCUGGUUGCUCUUCUGCUAAAGAAUUACAAAUAGUAAUGAUGAGAAUUAAUAAUCCAAGUAAAAUUACAGCUGCAAAGUUUUAUAAUUUGACAUUGACAAGUUUCUCUAAGGUAUUGUACACCUCCUUAUCAUACCUUAGAGUUUUGCAAGCUGUUAACGAGUAA